AUGCCCCGCGGGAACAACCUCGCCAAGUCGCCGCUCGACCGCAUGUACCUGCUCCAGCUGCAGAUCCGGGACCUCAUCGAUCUGCGCAACUUUCGAGGCUUCUACAGCUUCUUUGGCUUUGGCGACGUCGAGCCCUUCAACGUGCCGCGCGACCGCUGCGAGCUCUCGUGCCGAACACAGUCGAACCUUAUGUAUUACUCGUCCAACUACUUUAUGAUCACGAUGCUCCUCGGCUUCGAACAUGCGCUCAUGAACCCCAUGUUUAUGAUCAUCCUGACGCUAAUUGCGGCCGGAUGGGCGUACUGCAACUACCUCACGGCCAACGAGACGUCGGGCAACCCCGUGAUCAUCCUUGGGGGGCCCACGACCCCGAGCCAGCGCGAUACGUGCAUGAUGCUCGCUUCAGUCAUCCUCGUCAUCAUCUUCGGUGGCCCGCUGCUCUUGUACAUUGUGAUUGUGAGUCUCUUCUUGAUCAUGCUGCAUGCGAUCAUGCGCAACCAAGCUCUGGCGACAUACGAGGAGCUCGAAGACAGAUACCAUGAGCUCUCAUCGUCCUAUGAAGAUGACUCGCACGGCCAUGGCCACCUUAUCACGCGCGACGACGAACACCACAUUUAG